AGCAAAUUUCUGCUCCUUUUUUUAAAUGAAAGAAUUCCCCUGCUGGGUUCAGUUGUUGUUCACCGUGUGAUGUAACCGCUGACACCGGCUGGAGGUCCGAGGUAAAUUAUUCAGGUGUAGCUGCUCACCUGAUCCGUGAGCUCCACGGCACGCUCCCCUGCACAGGUUACCUCACAGGGUUCUGGGACUUAAAGCCAGACUUGUUUGAAGCAAAAAGACCAGAAAAAUGGAGGCAAAGCAGGUGAAGAAAGAUGUCGGUGUGCUCAUCUGUAAUUACGUCGGACAGAAGCUGAGAGAAAAGUCCUUCGAUCCAGCAGGAAGAGGAAGGUCCACGGUGCUGGACGACCUGGCUCACUACGAUCUCGCCAUCAGUGUCGCCCUGUGGUGGCUGAGCCAAGACGAUGGACGGCGUGUUCUUGACACAGAUAUCAUUGGAGCCACGUGCUGCUCAGGAACCGUUCAGUACCCCAAUCGCUUGGAGCGGGAGGCGAUGAUCCUGUCUUCCUUUGCUGGAAUUAUUAUGAGCAGCCUUCCAGUGGAGGAGAUUUUGGCUCUUUACAGGUGUAAACCCGUUGCUACGUACCCCAGCCACCGGUCUAAGGGUUUGAUUGUGUAUCCCUUCACACUGUCCUACCAUCCGUUUGCAAUGCUGCACUCUUAUAAGGCGGUGCAACACUCCAAGAAGCACAGUGAAAAGCUGAACCGAUGGCUGUCUGAGGGGGAGAAAACCAGUUCCCCACCCAGACAAGUUUCAGUCCAAACCUCGUCUUCCUCCUCAUCCUCAACCUUCCUCAGUGACAGCAGUGAUGGUCACCAGGAAGCAGCGGAGAACUACGAGGGUUCACAGGAGUCUCUGCAGGACUGAAGUCACCGUCCAGCAGCAGGUUUCUGUCUUCAGGGUGGACAUUCGCAGCUCAUCUGUCUUCUGUUUCAGAGCUGAACUUUCCCUCUUCUGUAGUGGAGUCUUUAAACUGUUUAGACCUGAGAAUUGUCAAGUAAAGCCACCAUUUCUUAGAAUCUGAUAAGAGACAUACAAAUAAAAAACACCUGAAAAUUUAAAGUUUCUGCUUUUCA